CGCUGUCAGACGGGAAUAAUGCACGUGUUGGAGGAGCUGUUGAGAGAACAUGAGCGCGGAGCUCUGGCGGGCAGAAAGGCCUGAGAAAGGACACCAAAGCUCUUACACCGACAUUUUCUAUUAACCAACAACCGGUCCACGUAAAUCUCCCGGGCUGCUCAGAGGAGCGCGGAGCAGGACGAAGGUUGGACAGAGAGAGAGAGAGAGAGAGAGAGAGAGAGAGAGAGAGAGACACACGAAGGAAGAAAGUUACCGCUCUCUGUUCCCGGGCCUCUGUGUGUGCGUGCGUGUGUGUGUGUGUGUGUAUGUGUGUGUGUGUCCGCACGUUGCCUUUGCAGCUCGUUGAGGUGUUUUCUUAUUAAAGACUGAAGAACCGGUGAGGGUAACUCGGACGUGAUGGCGGACUACCUGAUCAGCGGGCAGACCGGUUACGUCCCAGAUGACGGGCUGACGGGACAGCAGCUGUUCAACGGAGGAGACGGACUCACGUACAACGACUUCCUGAUUCUGCCAGGAUACAUCGACUUCACAUCAGACCAAGUGGACCUGACCUCAGCGCUCACCAAACAGAUCACCAUGAAAACUCCCUUUGUCUCCUCUCCCAUGGACACUGUCACAGAGGCCAACUUGGCCAUCGCUAUGGCACUAACAGGUGGCAUCGGCUUCAUCCACCACAACUGCACUCCAGAGUUCCAGGCUAAUGAAGUUCGCAAAGUCAAGCGUUAUGAGCAGGGCUUCAUCACAGACCCUGUGGUGAUGAGCCCCAAAGAGCGCGUACGGGACGUCUUCCAGGCCAAGGCUCGCCACGGCUUCUGUGGAAUUCCCAUCACGGACAACGGCAAAAUGGGCAGCAAGCUGGUAGGGAUCAUCUCUUCCAGAGACAUCGACUUCCUGAAGGAGGAGGAUCACGACCUACCACUGAGCGAGGUGAUGACAAAGCGAGAGGAUCUGGUCGUCGCCCCUGCUGGAGUGACGCUGAAAGAAGCCAAUGAAAUCCUCCAGAGGAGUAAGAAAGGUAAACUGCCUAUAGUGAAUGAAGAGGGCUCCCUGGUGUCCAUCAUUGCCCGCACAGACCUGAAGAAGAACAGGGACUUCCCUCUGGCCUCCAAAGACUCCCGCAAACAGCUUCUGUGUGGUGCCGCCAUCGGCACCCAUAAUGACGACAAGUACCGACUGGACCUGCUAGCACAGAGCGGGGUGGAUGUGGUUGUACUGGACUCGUCUCAGGGCAACUCAAUCUUCCAGAUCAACAUGAUCAAAUAUAUCAAAGAAAAGUAUCCCAACCUCCAGGUCAUCGGAGGCAACGUGGUGACUGCAGCUCAGGCUAAGAACCUGAUCGAUGCAGGAGUGGACGCACUGAGAGUGGGGAUGGGCAGUGGCUCCAUCUGCAUCACACAGGAAGCUCCCCCCAGUGUACCACCAGCAAUAAAGCUCCACAGCCCCAAAACCCCAACCACUGUUACGGGAUACUCCAUGCUGGCGUGUGGCAGACCCCAGGCCACAGCUGUCUAUAAGGUAUCGGAGUAUGCCAGGCGUUUCGGUGUGCCGGUCAUCGCUGAUGGCGGCAUCCAGACUGUCGGGCACAUUGCCAAAGCCCUGGCACUGGGAGCAUCGACAGUGAUGAUGGGCUCUCUGCUGGCGGCCACCAGUGAAGCUCCUGGUGAAUAUUUCUUCUCUGAUGGCAUCAGGUUGAAGAAAUACCGUGGCAUGGGCUCCCUGGAUGCCAUGGACAAAAACCUGGGCUCCCAGACCAGAUACUUCAGUGAGUGUGAUAAGAUUAAAGUUGCUCAGGGUGUUUCUGGAGCGGUGCAGGACAAAGGCUCCAUCCACAAGUUUGUUCCCUACCUGCUGGCUGGCAUUCAGCACUCCUGUCAGGACAUUGGAUCGAAGAGUCUCUCACAGCUCAGAGCCAUGAUGUACACUGGAGAUCUGAAAUUUGAAAAGAGAACAACAUCAGCUCAAAUGGAGGGAGGAGUUCACAGCCUGCACAGUUAUGAGAAACGUCUAUUUUGAGAAGAAGCCAGCCGUUCAGCCUACAGAUGGAGAAUCCUUCCAACAGACAUUAUGCAAACACGCUACUUGCCAGACCCUCUUCUAUUCAUACUCUGCACACGCACAACUAACUUCUCAUACAAGUGAAAAGAUAAGCUCAAACACUAUGCUCUUCCAAGGAUCCAUCAGUCUUCCUGCCAGGCUCAUCUAUGCAUUAUCUGUCUUUAGUAUAGCUGUUGGUGUGUGAAGGAGGGAAACUAAGCAUUUAUCAAUCAGUGCACGUGUGAUUGAGUCCUCUCCAAUGCCGUUCAUGUUGUGAUGAAAUAAAAUGUCUGGUGUGUCCAAUUUAAGGCAAAAAAGGUUGUCCAAUAAUAAAGCUUAUGUUUUUCCACAA